UAUAUGUGUCAUCAUGUGGUUGGAUGAUUUUAAAUUAAGAAUAAAACAAUAACCAAUUAUAUGAUGACACAUAUGAGUGUGUAUACAUUUGUGUACCCAAAGUGGGUACACAUAGUAUUGCUCUUUUAUUAUACAGGACCGGAUCAAGAUGAACCAGAUUAGACCAUGCAUAGGAAACAAACCACCGGUCCAAUUGCGGUUCAGUCCGAAAACAUGUAUUAAACAGGUUUUUUAGUUUUAGAAUUCGUUUGAAUUGCCGGUUUACGGUCCAGCCGGUCUGACCAGCCAAUCCGGUUUGGUUUUGUAAACCAUAGUCCAAAUCAAAACAAAAAACAGAAAUACGAUUUCUUGAAAACUAGAAUGCCAAUGCGUAGAUUUUAUUGCUGUUAAAUUUAUUGUCUAAUAUAAAUGCUUAUGCAUUACAAUUUAUAUUUAUAUUAGGCACCAAAUAUGAUAUUAAAUUUAGCUAAUAAAUUGACUAAUAAUAUAAACAUGAUAUUAGAUUUAAAUUGCCUAAUAUAAACAUGAUAUUAAAUAAAGUCAGAUUUAAGAUUCAACAUAGUAGAAUGGUGGUGGUGACAGAAACAUAAUGGUUUCCUUGAAUAUCUUUUAUCUAAAUAAUUGAUAAAACGAUGUCAUUUUAUAAACAAAUUAUAAACUUAAAGAAUCCAAGCUAUAAAUUUAAACUAUCGAUUUAAAUAACAAAUUAUAAUUGAACUAGAACUAUAAAUCAAAACUAUAAAUUCAAAUUAAAUUUCAAUAAUGAUUUAAACAUCCCUAACUUGAAUUUGACCUAGUUCUUCUUCAACUCAUUUAUGAUUUUCAAUUCUUCAAUUUAUACUGAAGUGAUUUAGAUAUUGUCAAUCAAUUAUUUUGCUUGAGUGGUGUUGCUUCUCCUCCCCUGGAUUGAAAAUAAGUAUAGUGAAAAGAACUGGAGUGUUUACAUCUCAAACUUCCUCAAAUUAGUUCAUAAAAAACCAGAGUUUUUUUUUUUUUUUUUCUAGAGUGGAGUUGCUUCUCCUGUUUUAGUUCCUUAUUGUGUUUUUGCUUGCAAGGGAAUGGUUUGUGGCUGCUGGGUUGGCUUCUUCCGGCCUUGAGUUUUUCAGUGUCUGUAACAUUCUUUUUGUAGUGUGUUUGUUUUUGUUAGUUGCCUUUCUUUGUAUUUUUUUGGCUUAGUGUUCCAUUUAUUGUCUUGAGUUUGUUUGUGCUCAGGGUGAAUGAAUUUUUUAAUCACUUCCAGGGAGGUUGAAUUCUGUGGUAAUGCUUGUUUGCUGCUUCUUGCAGUAAAUUGGUGAAAGUUGAAUUGUAAUGGUUCGUCAAGCCAAGACUUGGUUUUGUGCAUUUGAUCUAGGAUUUCCUUUGCCUUUUACCAGUGAAUUAGAAAACUGGGAUAUUUCUUAAUACUUGUAAUGUUCACCUCCUUCUAGGUAACAAUUGAUGUUGCAAGUCCAGAAGCAGCUUGUUGCCAAAGGAGAAACUGUAGAACCAGGUUUCAAAAUUGGUAUGAUUUCAAAGUCUGGUGAAGGUGUAGCUCAUGUAGCUCCCUUGGAGAAAAUACCAGAGAGGGCUGCAUCUAAGCCAUCUCUUGCUGAAAAGAUAGAAGAGGAGAAGCCAAAACCCAAAGUUGAAACAGCACCUGUCUUGGAUAAGCAGCCUAAAGCACCCUCUCUGCCGCCUUCUAAGCGCUCUGCAACUGAGCCCCAGCUUCCACCUAAGGACAGGGAAAGUCGGAGACAUUAUUUAAGAAAACAUCUUGUUGAAGAAACUGUGAUGAUCUUGCUUGUCACUUUAGAUUGUUCAUGAUUGCUACAACAUUUAAGGACUCUCAGAAUGCAUUUGUAACGUUGACAACAUUCAAUGAAGUUGAUAUGGCAUGGCAUCUUGUUAGGAGUGUUUCUGUGUUGGGACGUAUGUAUAUACCCAUUGAAAGAAAGAAAGAGACAACAAAGGUACAAGCACAAGACAGGACAAGUGUCACUCAUACAAAAAUUAAGGUUGGACCACAAAGACAGAAGACUGGAAUGUGGCAAGAGCAGAGCAUGAGAGACAGUUAUGGAGAGAAAAUAAAAGCUGGAAAUGAAUCAAGAGGAAGGAAGGGAAGAAACUUGAGGAAAAGGGAGUGAAGGGAGAGUUUCCAGCCUCUCAAAUGCUGGAUAGUUUAUGUUUUCGCUUCUUUUUUUUUUUUUCUGCUGAGUUUUAUGCUGAAUACAGUAGCAGAGAACUGUCUUUGUAUUACUGAAUCCUUAUCAAUACAAUUAGUAUUUUUCAUA